CAUCUAAAUAUCAACCCAGCCCAGACCAGCCAAGCCCAGCUCUGAGCUUACUCGUCCAAUUUUGUGUUUUCUUACCUGACCGAGGAAACCGUCCCGUCACACGCAUUACAAUGUUUGACUACACCAACUUUGACCAUGUCUUUGGGGCGCAACAAUUCCCUUACGAUCGCAAGGCCAUCCAAGAGAUCGACACGUUCCGUAAGAGUCUUGAUGGCGCCCUGUUCAUUGACCGGGUCCUAAAGGCCCUGGGUCUCACCAAGGCCAAGACUUACCCCCCGAAGACCGAGAACGCCCUGCGCACCCUACACCAGCAACUCUGCGAAGCCGCCAUGUCGACGCACCACCGGCUAUCGAUCUUCUACUACAUCCUGCUCGAUUUUGACACCAGCCAGACUAGACCGCAGGCGUCGUCCAAGUUUGCUGUGACUUCAGGCGUCCCGAAGAACUACCAGAUCUUCAUGAAGGGCCUGUGGCUGAUGGACCAUCUGCAAUUCGAGAAAGCACUCGAGUACAUUGCGCACCCCUCGCUUACGACCGACUUCGCCGACGAGAUCAUGACGGCCCUCGUGCGGCACGCGCCCGAGGGGGACUACACCUUGCCUCUGUCCUAUUUCCACACGGUCCAGCCUAUCCUGAAGACGUCUGCGGCACUGGAGCUGCUGUUCGACGCCAUGUCGCGCACCAGCGUCACCGAGGCGUUGUAUUUUUCCAGGACACACGCUGAGGCGGUGAGAGCACAGCUCUUCCGCCAACUGAUCGCGAUAGUCAUUGGCGCCCCUGCGAGCGAGGAGACGGCUGCGCGUGCCACCGAACUCGUCGGCCUACCCUUGGAUGCGACAGAGGAGACUUGGUUCGAGGAGUAUCUGUCGCAGGAGGAAGGCAAGAAGCUGAGAAGAGCACGGGAUACGUUGCUCAUGCGCAAGCUCGUCACGGGACGAUUGAGCGAGGCCGUCAAGGAUAAGAAUCUGGGAGGCAGAUGGGGAGUGGUCUUGGAAGGCAUCAAGAGCGGAUUGGGUGGCCGGGCGGAGUAACGACAUGUCGGCUGGGAAUGGUCUUUGGGUCAUGGCUGGUGACGGGAUCAACGACUGAGUUUGGCAUAGCGUUGGCGUUGGUGAUUCUUAUUUCUGUUCAGAUUCAAGGGGCAAGAAGCUUAACUGGCUCACAUCAACGGGUGACUCUUAAUAGUCAGCAAAGAAGACAAGCUUGCAACAUUGGACCUCUCAUAUCUGGCCUGACGCCUGGUGCUUCAACCAGGCCGAGCACCCCCCGCAUCCUCGUAGGUGAG